CCCUGGUUGCUGCUCUCAGUCUCUCAGUGGCCCCUGUAGCCCCUCCACCAAAUACUAGUAACGGCUUCCUAACAUCGGAGAACUGCCCUCUGCCCGUCCGACAUUAACUUGUUGCUUUCCCGCAUUUUUAUCUUCUACAGUUCUUGAGUCUUGUCUUUCCACUCUGGCAUUCCUGUGUCUUUGGGUCUAUCGUCCUGUCCGACCUUCACUUUCUUUUCAUAAACCUCCUGCCAGGUCGCAAUCCAGAAGAAACGCAGUCAGCACCUCCUCAAUCCCGACAACUGCGCCUGCGUCCCAACAAAUCUUGGGAACCGUCUGUUUGAGCGACCUUUGCACAGCUUCUCCUCUCCAGUCGUCUUUGCAACAGAAGCAACCAUGACCACAACUGCUCUGCCCUCAGAGGCAGUCCUGCGUCGAAUGGUGACCACCGAAUCUACUCCUGUCUCCUCCGCCAACAUUUCUCCUCUCGAUAGUCCGAGGUCCUCGCCUUCCUCUACCUCGUUGUCCUCUCUCGCCUCGGAAGACGCCGUUCUGCAGAAGUCAGUUCCUGAAAAGACACAGCUGGUCGACACCUACGGCAACACCUUCGAGAUUCCUGACUACACCAUCAGUGACAUCCACAAGGCCAUUCCCAAGCACUGCUUCGAACGAUCUGCUGCCACCGGUCUAUAUUAUGUUGCUCGAGACGUUGCCUCCCUCGCUACCACUUUCUACCUCUUUAACCGAUUCGUCACGCCCGAAAACAUUCCCUCCACACCCCUAAGAGCUGGACUCUGGUUUCUGUACACCGUGGUGCAGGGGCUUUUCGGUACUGGCUUGUGGGUGUUGGCUCAUGAAUGUGGACACCAGUCGUUCUCGCCGAGCAAGGUGUUGAACGAUACUGUCGGCUGGUUCUGCCACUCAGCUCUGUUGGUGCCAUAUUUCUCGUGGAAGAUUUCGCACGGCAAGCACCACAAAGCCACUGGUCAUCUGGAGCGAGACAUGGUCUUUGUCCCAUCGACCAGGCAAGAAUGGGCCACGAGAAGAGGGUACCUGCUCCACCAGCUCGAUGAACUCACCGAAGAGACUCCAAUCAACACUGCCUAUACCCUGAUCACUCAGCAACUUGGAGGUUGGCCAAUGUAUCUGUUGACCAAUGUGACCGGCCACAACAAGCACCAGAUUCAACGCGAGGGCCGUGGUGUUGGUAAGCACAAUGGGUUCGGGGGUGGUGUGAACCAUUUCGAUCCCAACAGUCCAUUGUACGAGGCAAAGGAUGCCAAGUUGAUCCUCUUGAGUGAUCUCGGUCUCUUGAUCACGGCUAGCAUUCUUUUCUGGGUUGGAAGAACUUAUGGCUUUGCCAAUCUGUUCGUCUGGUACCUUGCACCGUAUCUCUGGGUGAAUCACUGGCUGGUGGCCAUUACUUUCUUGCAGCACACCGAUCCCUCUCUUCCUCAUUACACCCCCACGAGCUGGACUUACACUCGAGGUGCGGCGGCAACCAUUGAUCGCGAGUUCGGCUUCAUCGGACGACAACUCCUCCAUGGCAUUGUCGAAACCCACGUCCUUCACCAUUAUGUCAGCACCAUUCCUUUCUACCACGCCGACGAAGCCAGUGAGGCCAUCAAGAAGGUCAUGGGUCGUCAUUAUCGUAGUGACACCACGGAUGGACCCAUCGGGUUCAUCAAGAGCAUGUGGAAGUCGAUGAGAUGGUGCCAAUGGGUUGAACCCAUAGAGGGAGCCACCGGCGAGGAGGCUGGGGUCUUGUUCUUCCGCAACCGAAACGGUUUGGGGCUGCCACCUGCGAAGAUGGAGAAGCCUGCAUCGUCAUGAGUGUAUCGAUUCGUGAAUGAACCGGGCGUGAUUGCUUCCGCGCAAGUACGUUUUUUGGUCAGGGCCAGCCGGAGUUGUUACGUUUGCAUUAGACUGGUGCUGCAAGUUUUAGAAAAGGAGCAUUCGUGCGAUUGCAGCGAGACGCUAGACAUCCAAGAGCACAAAUAGACAAGAUACCCACCCUUGCAGUGGAUAGACAAAAUUGAAGAGUAUGACACGACACAGGAAAGGAUCAAAAAGGGAUUUAUCUGC